AAAAUUUUAUUCUCCAAGUUUAGCGGCAGGGUAGAGCAAGCAGGCAUGGCAUCAGCCAACUACAAAAUGUUUCUGUUUGUGUAUGCAGAAGUCUUUUGACUGUAUUUCCUUUUGAAGUUUCUAAAAUUUUAAUCGUUCAAUAAAUAUUUGACGAAUGGCAGAAAACGGAAUCAAGUGCAAACGUUUUGUUUCUGAAUCUGAAGUCGAAGCUUUGAAAAAGAAGCGGCAGGAAGAAUGGGAAAAAGUGCGUAAGCCAGAGGAUCCUGAAGAGGCUCCUGAGGAAGAAUAUGAUCCAAGGUCACUUUAUGACAGGCUACAGGAGCAAAAAGAUUUGAAACAAGCCGAACUAGAGGAGAGCCGUCGUUUGAAAAAUUUAAUAAAAGGUCUGGAUGAUGAUGAAGUAGCAUUUUUAGAAUUGGUAGAUCAGACAAAAAUUGAAAUGGAAACUCGUCUGUGGCAAGAAGAAAAGAAGGAAUUGCAAGAGUUUAGGCGAGCUGUGUCUCAUCUAAGUGAAGAAGAACAGGAGGCAAAAUUGCAGUAUUUGCGUCGUACUUUGAAACUUCCUAAUCCUAGCUCUGCAAAGAAAUCUCAGCAUACUCUCUUGGCUGGGGCCUUAAAACGAAAAUCGGCAAGCCCUUUGAAUAGUCCAGAAAAGAAGAAAAUGAGCUAUUCAGGAAAAGAAGAUAAUGAUAAUUCAAACAAAGAGCCAAGCUUAUUGGAGACAGUAGGAAGAAAUCCAAAUGCGAAAAAUACCAUAAGUUGCUUGGGUGUUUUACCCGGUCUUGGUGUUUAUUCGGACAGUAGUGAUUCUGAAAAUUCCUCCGACACGGACAUGGAAAGAGAUGUCGACUUUGACCUUAUCGGCAGAAGACAUGUUCAUGUUGAAAAUGCAAAUCCACGUUCCUAAAAACAUUUUGAGUUUUGUACAUAUAUAUACUUCUCGUGAUUUUUAAUUGAUUGUGGAGCAUCCUUGUUCACAUAAGAAAAUGAAAAAGUUUUUCAAAACAAUGUAUUAGUUUGUAAAAAGGCAAAAAUCCACUUUUGCACACAAUUGCUCCUUGAACCAGUACUGCUUUAUGUCAUGCAUUAAUUUAGGUAUUGAUUAUACAAUGUAAGAUGAGAAAAAAAGCAGCCCUUGAAAAUAAAAUCUUCAGUCUUUUAUAAAAGUCUAUUUUUCUGUAAGGUAAAUUGAUUUGAUACAGGUUGUUCUAUUAUGUUGAAAGCUUAUCUCUCUGGUAUUUAAGUUGCUGGAAUUUCAGCUGAUAGUCUUCAUUUUUCACUCCCUCAGAAAGAAAAUCAAGUUUUCUAUUGAUAAAUAAAUAGCUCUGGUUUUUCCCUUCCUUUAAAUUUCUUUAUGUUAUAGAGACAAAAAAGAAUUUUAAAAAAUGAAAAGUUAGAAAUAAAAAAUAUUAUUUAAAGAGAGCUAUUUGUUAAGCUAAUUUUUUGAAUGCUGUAUAAAUCCUUGAAUUUGAUGCAAAGGUGCUUUUUAUCCCUUACAUUUUUACAACUCCUUCAUUUCAUUACGUCUUAUUUGCAGGAGCUCUCAUAGGCC